AUCCCCUCCAGCAUCAUUCAAGCAUGUGCUGCGUUGCGUCGACGGUUCGCCCACUGCAUGCGUCAGAUCCCAUGUACUCUACUGUACAUGAACAUACAGUACAUGAAUAGCUACAGUGCGUCAGGAGUGUCACAUGAAUGAACCAGGCAAACUUAAACAGACAAGGGCCUGCGUCUGCGAUAUGUACUUGAGUCUAGGAAGCUUGCACUGCUUAGGUUGGGCACUUCUGUGGCUGGCCUCUCCUGAUAUUGCGUGCAUAUGGCCGCUGCAACAGGCUUUUGACGGCCGCUGUCGAGGUGAUCAAGAGGACGACUGGGCGUCAUGCAAGUCAGAGGCCAAAAUGGGUGUGUCGGCAAGCGUAGCGACGCGGUCAGAGAGUGAACGUGGUAAGAAAGCGGGGACGCCAUGUUUCUCGGAUCGACAAUUUGUGGGGUAAUAGCUCGAGCGAACGAAUUCGGUCCAAUUUCAACACGUCUCGCUUGCUU